GAUUCCUCACCGUUAGACAACCGGCGUCUGCGCCAGCCGAUGCGUCGAGAGCAUGUAUAUAUAGUACUUAACUCUUCAAAAUAAACGUAUAAAACAUCUCAUACAUUGAAAAUACUACCGGAUUACUACUUUUAUUACUUUUUCUUCUUCUGCAUUUCACUCCACACCUCAACAUGCUUGCGAAACUCGUCUACAUUUUUGGGAUUGUCGGAUUGGUUUGUGGGUCAACAACGGCCAAUUCUGAUGAAGACAAAUCGUUUGGCUAUGACUCCGGUGAACUUGAUCCUCCACACUGGGCCUCCAAGUAUGAGACGUGUUCCGGAAAAUACCAAUCGCCAAUCGACAUCGAUGAAAAUUUAGUGACCAAUGUAACUUUACCACUAUUGCGUUUUCACAAUAUCGACACGCUGCCCACAGCAACGACCGUAACGAAUAAUGGGCACACAGUUGUCUUGCAGUUGAAUUAUACAUCCCCAAUCAUGAUUGGCGGUGGACCUUUAACGCCAAUUUACAAGUUUAUUCAAUUACAUUUCCAUUGGGGUGUCAACGAUUCUUUUGGUAGCGAAGACCUCAUAAAUAAUCACAGCUAUCCUAUGGAACUUCACAUGGUUUUUUGGAACACCGAUUAUCCAAGUUACGACGUAGCAACCACUAAAAGUGACGGUUUGGUGGUCUUAGCUUCAUUUUUUGAGAUCAGAGAAAAGGACAAUCCUGUAUACGCUGAAAUUGUGGAAGCGUUGAGCCGAAUUCGUAAUCCCGAUCAAACCACCGAAUUACCUGUUGGUAACACUAUAAGAUCUAUGUUACCAGAAUCCACUGAACUUUAUUUUACCUACAAAGGAUCACUUACUACACCACCGUGUCUUGAAGUAGUACAAUGGAUCGAUUUUAAACAACCAAUUUGGCUAUCCCAUAACCAAAUUCAAGCAUUUCGUAUGUUACGUUCCAAACACGGGCAACUAACGCACAAUGCCAGACCAGUUCAAGAACUUUCUGGUAGACCUAUUUGGUACAACGUUGGAGAGUUUUCUAUGCUAAACGGUCCAAAACAGAAAGACAGUAACAGUUCUUUAAAAGUAAAAGAGACUAGUGCACUUUUAUUUUUAAACAUCAUUGCAUUAUUUCAUCGUCAACUAUUUUUCUAAUUAUUAAUGCUUAAUGUAUAGAAUGUACUAUUACUAUAUUGGUAUUUUUUGGUUAUCAAUUAUCCUUUUAGAUAACAACAAUCGCAAGUAUCACAAAUACCUAAAUAUCUUUUUUUUAUUAUAUUUUAGACCAAAUCAUUGUUUUAGAAUAAGAUAAGAUGAAAUGAAAUUUGUAAUCACAUUACGUUAUAAAACACGUUAUGUUUAAAAUUCGUAUCACAUGUGAUAGAUCUCAGUUGGCUAUUUAGAUUAAUUAAAAAAAAUUACCGUGCUUGAAUCUAAAUAUCAUCUUAAUAAUACUUACUCUUAAUGUCUUUGUACUAUAUUCAAUAAUUAAAAAAAAAAAGAAUAUUUCCUGAUAAAAUAAAAUUUAUUAUUUGUUUUAUUCGCAUAUUUGUUGAAGUAUAUUAUACAUACAAUUGUUAGUUUGAAAUAACAGCUGUGUGUUUGUUGAUAAAAUCACUUCAUUAUUUUAAAUUAGUAUGUUUAGAUAUUUAUUAUGAAAAUCCAGAUAAAUUUCUAGAAUUUAGGAUAGUGGAAAACUUCACCCCUCCAUACUUUCAGCACUAUGAUUUUGUUUAUGAGAUGGUGACCAGACCUCCGUAAUCUGCUUUCAAUAUAAACACCAACACUUUGAGUGAUACAUAUUUUGUAACCCAGUUUUAAAGCAUAUAAAAAGUUAUUAAAUCCUUGUUAUAAUAAAAUUUAAUUUUUAAAAAUUUUAUUACAUUUUUUAUUAAAGUUGUACAUUAGAUUACUUUUUUUGUUUCGAUAACUAAAUUAUAACUAAGUUACUUAAAUUAAAAAAGCAAGUAAACUAACAUAAUUUUUAUUUAUAAAUGAGUCGCGAACAAAAAAUAUAAAACCAUUUAUAUCAUUUUAAGAUGACAUUUUACUAUUAUACCCAUCGUUAGAUUUUUUUUUGUAUAAAAGUUAAUUAAUUUAGACGUAGCUUUGAUGAAAAAUAAGAAUUUUUGUGUUAUGAUAGUAAAAUUUGUUAUUAAUGCAAUUUGAAUUAUUAUGUAUCAUCUUAAAAACAAUCAUAAAAAAAUAUUUAUGAUUGUUUUUAUCCAAAUGCAUUUUAUUUCAUUGUAUACUUAAUUAGGAGCAAUUUUCAAACUAUGUUAAUUAAUUUAUUAUAAUUUAUACUGGUAUUUAUUAUGUUCUUUUUUUAUAUUUAUGAGUAAAAUUUUAAUUUUUCUAUGUAUUUUAUUAUUUUUUUUUUUUUUUAUUAAUGACAAAACUUUCUAUGUUUGACAAUUUAUUAUACAAAGUGUUAGUGCUAUCCGACUUGAAAAAUUCAUAAUUAUAAAUCACUGGUAGCAAAUUUGAACAGAAAUGACCUACAGCAGCCCACAUAGCUAUCCUAACCCUACUAAUUAUUCUACUGAUAGAAUAUUGAAAUAUUGAACAAUACCAAUCUUAGUAUUUCGUUAUAUCAUACAUUUUUUUGUUUAUAAUCUCUAACUUUUAUUUAUUGUAAUGGGUUGUUAUAAGGUCUAUGAAAAGUUGUGCUAAAUUUAAUUUUUUUAUUAUUACUUUUUAGUCGGAUAUUUUUUUUAGAAUUUCUAAAGGUAGCAUCAAAGUUUGGUUGGCUUUGUUGAUUUUAACCAGUUCGCUUAAUGUAACCCGACUAGGGGGAUACAAAAAAAGCUUUCUUUGUUGUCCCCAUGCAUACGCUUAUGAUAAUAUGAUAUUAAUGCUACAAAUAAUAACUAUUGAAAUUUAUUAAAAAAUUCAAAUAAUUGUUAUAAUAAGUUAAUGUACAAAAUAUAACAUCAGUUUUUAUUAUAAGAUGAAAAUUACUUUUGUUGUAAACGUUGUGUAGCGUAGUGAAGAUUUAUUAAAGAAGGGAAGGAAUAAUCUCAUAUAAGUCAUUACAAUUUUUUUUAGCGUUAAAAUUGCGCAGAGGUUAUAUGUCUAAUAUAGAGAGGUGGAUAAAAGAAAUCAUUCAAAAGAGGCCAAAAAUGAUAUUUCAGUUAGGCAAAUGAUAUCAAAUAUAAGUUGAUUCUAUUAAUUAAUUUAGUAUUGAAUAGGAAUAAAAGUCAAUCCUAUAUGAAAAAUUUGAGAGUUAUGAGAAAGAUUUGUGUAUCGGAUAGGACUUUAGUACUGAAACUACUAAAAAAUGUAAUCUCAAGUAGCGAAAUAAUAAUAAGAAUAUGAUCUUAUAUUCUUUCUAAGAUGUAAUAAAGCAAAUGUUAAGAUAUAAUUCAAAUUCGUUUAGAUGACGUAGAAAUAAUUUAACAGGUAUAAUACCACCGGCGAUAUCUUCUCAUUAAGGAAUCUUGUGUAUAUUUUUAUAAUUAUUUCAUUGUAAACCACAGGUACAAAAUAUAAAAAUGUUUAGUUCGUCUUAUUAUAUAAUAUAACAAGGAAAAAAUCGCUUUUCUGCAAAAAUUACUUAGCAUGCUCUGUUUGCAAAUUGCAUCUAUGAUGCAGACUCGUAUACAAAGAAGAGGUAGGGGUAAAGUCAUACAAUGAUAAAAGGUUUUACAAACAAGAUAAAUUUUACAUAUAUAUGAAAAAAUGUAUUCUCAAAAUAACAAUUUUUACGUGGAGAGAAUUUGAAUGAAACGUGAAAUGGAGUGAGAAAUUGAAAGUUAUGACUUUUUUUUUUUUAUUAACAUA